AUGGAUUCUCAAUCUAAAAAUUUACAACCAAGAUUAUAUCAAGUACAACUUGAAGAAAUUUGUAUAACAAAAAAUACAAUUAUAUAUUUACCAACAGGUUCAGGAAAAACAUUUAUUGCUGGACGUCUUAUUAAGAGAUUUAUGAAUCAGUUAAAGAAACCAUGGGGAGAAGGUGGUAAAAGAACAUUCUUUCUUGUCAACACAGUGCCAUUGGUCAACCAACAGAAACAUGUGAUUGAAGAAAUGUGUCCAGUCACUGUUGGAGCCUACAGUGGAGAUGAUAAAGUUGAUUAUUGGAACAAAACAAAAUGGGACUCUGAGCUUUCUCAAUAUCAAGUGAUUAUAAUGACUUCUCAAAUAUUACAUGAUAUGCUCACACACAAGUACAUCAUGAUUAAAGAUAUAAAUUUAUUAAUUUUUGAUGAAUGCCACCAUGCUGUUGAUGAACAUCCAAUGAGGUUAAUUAUGAGGCAUUUUGACGGAUUAUGUGGAGAACUACCAAGAGUAAUAGGUUUGACAGCAACAUUGCUAAAUUGUAACGUUACGUUACACAAAGUUGAGGAUACACUUCGGGAACUCGAAACGACAUUUCGAGCUACUAUAGCCACAGUUCAUGAAAAUGUACAAGAGAUCUUUAAUCACUCUACAAACCCGCAAGAAAUAUUAAAGAACUAUUUUCCAUCGUCCCCUACUUCAGCCAAGACGGAGGCUAAAAACCUUUUACUGGGACUGGUUAAUGUAAUCCAUAACUAUAAAUUACCAGUAGUGCAAAAAAAUGUCCAAUUGCAACAUGGUCAGCGGGACAUAUCUUCUAAUCCUAAAAAGAUUCAACGGGAGUUGGCGAAUAUGGUGUCAUCCAUGUCAUUGCAUAUCGAUGAAAUGGGUGCGUACGGCGGGGCCCUGUGCAUUAUUGCGUAUACGAUAUUACUCGAACGGCUUAAACGACGAACAGUUUCCGACGAAGAAGAAUUAUUGUACAAUAUCACUAUAACGGGCUGCACAGAGGCAAAAAUCGUAUUAUUAGACGGAAUGGACGACGAAAAAGGAUAUGCAAAGAUUAUUAAGCAUUCAUCGCCUAAAAUUAAAGUUUUGUUAAAUAUUUUGAAAGAAUAUAAAGCGAACAAAAACAAUAAACCAUUAUCUGCGAUCAUAUUUACACAGCAAAGGUUCACAUCGAAGAUUUUAUACAAUUUACUCAAAGCCGUAAAAAAUUCAAAUCCCGAAGACUUCGGUUUUCUUAAACACGAUUUUAUUGUGGGCUUUAACGUGAACCCCUUUAAUAACACGAGAGAACAAUAUUAUACUAAGAAACUCAGUAAUCAGGCGUUGCUGAAAUUUAAAAAUAGGGACUUGAACUGUCUAAUAUCUACACGGGUGAUAGAAGAGGGUGUGGACGUACCACAAUGCUCCCUGGUUGUGCGAUUUGACCUGCCGCUUGACUAUCGCUCUUAUAUACAAAGCAAAGGUCGUGCAAGGAACCGGGAAUCAAAAUAUAUUAUGAUGGUGAAUGAAACAGAAAGUGAAAAGUUUCUAAGUAAAUAUUAUGGAUUUCAGACAUUAGAAAGUUGCCUUCAACAGUUAAUUAUGGGUAAUGCUAAAGAUCGAGCGUCGCCAACUGAAGAGGAAGUUCAAGCAGCUUAUGAAGAUGAUGAUAUACCACCUUUCGUCACCGCGAAUGGAAAUCGCCUAUUCGCAACAUCAGCCAUUAGUCUCUUACAUCGGUACUGUAACAGCCUACCUUCCGACCAGUUUACGCUACUCACUCCGAUGUGGAUACUAGAAUAUGUUGAAUUCAACCCGGUUAUCACCAUCGUGAUGCCAAUAGCUUGUUCCAUCAAAGAACCGAUUAAGGGAGACCCCUAUAAUAGUGUUAAAACGGCGAAGCGUUCGGCUGCAUUAAAAGCCUGUGUCAAGUUAUAUUUAGCUAAAGAAUUUGAUCAGCACCUUCUACCAAAAACAUAUGGAGAAAUAAAAUUCGAACAAGAGGAUAUAAAGCAGUGUUUCCUUAAUUGGCCAUGGGACGACCCCAAAGAAGAUAAUAAAGACGGGACACCACCCGCUGGCACAAAAAAACGCGUUCGCAAGCACAAGAAAGUGUAUCCCAGUUAUUUCAACGCAUUGCCUUCUGUAGGCAACCAAAAAUUCUACUUGCAUUUAAUAAAACUUGAUGUCGCUUUCGAAAAACCUACUGAAUCACGCGAAAUAGCGCUUUACGACCUUUUAAAAAUGGAUGAAGGGUUUGGGUUUCUUACAAUGCAGCCUUUGCCGGAAAUUUGUGAUUUUCCAAUGUAUCUAAGAGUUGGACAAGUUAUGACAAAUAUACAAAUGAAUUAUGCCUGCGUUACAUUGGAUACAGCGCAGCUUCAAUUGAUCAAACGAUUCCAUUUCUUCAUAUUCGAUCAAUUGUUAGCGGUUGCUAAGAAAUUCGUGAUAUUCGAAGGUUCUGUGAAUUGCCUCUACGUUGUUCCUACGAUUAAAAAGGUCGGAUUUGAUAUCGACUGGAACGUAAUGCGGACGCAUAAUGAAAUAGAACCCAAUGAGAUACCAUCAGACAAGCAAAGGGCGUCAACAAGAGCUUCGCGGGAAACGCAUCAGAGGAAAGUCGUUACGCCGUGGUAUAAACCUUAUCUCAUUCCUGACAGAUACGUUGUGACAAAUGUACUCGAAUAUAUGACACCACAAUCUCAGUUCGUAACCAACUCAUUCGAAACAUACGCUGAUUAUUACAUAAACAAACAUCAGUUACAGCUCUUGGGUCCUCAAGAUCAACCGUUGUUGGAGGUUGUCAGAAUAAAUACCAAAAUGAACUGUUUAUUACCCCGUGGAACUACAAUCAGGUCGCUAACUGAGAAACAAAUGAAGUUAAUUGCGCAAGCGCAGGACGAUGAAAAGCCGAAAGCCUUUAAAGAGAUCUUUGUUCCCGAAUUGUGUACCAAAUACGAGUUUCCGAGUGUUCUUUGGUACAAGGCGUAUAUGCUACCCAGUAUAAUACACAGAAUAACUAUGUUAUUGGUAGCCUACGAAUUGCGUGCGGAAAUUUCGAAAGGUAUUAGUUACGGUAAACCUCACCCACCAAAAGGGGAAAAGUGGUUGCCCAUUGAAACAAAUAUUAAUGUAGCGAAAAAGAGCUUACUCUCGCAAAUAGAAGAGCCAGCAGCGGCCAGCAAUAACAGCAUUGACAGGAUAAGUGAUCCUGUUGUAUCGAUAUCGAUGAAGGAGAGUCUCUAUCAACUUCAGAAAAAGAAAAUGAGUGCGGAAUACGCUUGGGAGGAAAACGCGGAACCAAUUGAUAUAGAGAGAAAUAUUACUGAAGUUACAUUACUGGAUAUCGAAUGCUAUGACACAUUUGCGAUGGCUCUUAUGUCUGAUGAGAAAAAUAAGGCCUUUGCUAGGCCCAAAAAUCCACCAAUCGGCACCGCUAUAAUGCCACCCCCACUCAACUAUUCAGACAAGAUAAACCUCUUGUCUCGUAAAGCAACAGGCAACGGCCCGGAAUUGCGCGACGUCCUCGCAGCUCUAACGACCAUCAACUCUCAUGAUUCCUUCGAUUUGGAGAGAGUGGAGACCCUUGGGGACGCUUUCCUUAAAUUUGCAGCGACUCUUUAUCUAUUCCACAAGUUUCCCAAGCUUAAUGAAGGACAGCUAACAAAUAUUAAAGGACGCCUCAUAGGAAACAGGAAUCUGUUCUAUGCCGGCAAUCGUAUUGGUCUCGGUGGGCGAAUCAAAGUCGAACAAUUUAGUCCAAGGAUGGAUUUUGUGGUCCCUGGCUUUGCAGCUCCUCAAGAAGUUAUUAAUUUUAUUGAAGAACGAAAGCAGUCCAAAGAAGGUCAAUUAUUUGAUUCAUUAAUAUUUAUUACCACCGACUCAUACGGUAGAAAUUGGAUAGAACACUAUCCACUAGUGUACUUGGGAACUAGGUGUUACCAUUUCAAAGCGAUAAAGGUGUGA